AUGGCCGCCCGCGGCUGCGGCCGCCUGCUGCAGCAGCAGCUGCAGCAGCAGCUGCAGCAGCAGCUGCAGCAGCAGCAGCAGCUUCUUGAACGCCGCGUUUCCUGCCUUCUCUGCGUCUCUCCCAGCCCGCCUGCGUGGACUCUCCACCCCCAGCAGCAGCAGCAGCAGCAGCAGCAGCAGGGGGGCCCCUGGGGCCCCCGGGGGCCCCAGAGGCCGCGUUUUCAAGCAGCAGCAGCAGCAGCAGCAGCAGCAGCAGCAGCAGCAGCAGGGGGGCCUCUCUCGAGCGCAGCGUGGCAGCAGCGGCAGGCUGCAGUGCUGCAGGGCCCCUGCAGCGUGGACACCUCUUUGGCAAACCACGAAAAAGGGUUUGGGGGGCCCCCCGAAGUUGGGGCCCUUGCGAGGGUUGGGGGGGGCCCCCUGGGGUCUUUGGGGUGUAUGUACACCGCAAUUCGCGCCAAAAAGAAACGCGGGAAAAAAGAAGUCCAAAAACAAAACGCAGAACAACUCGAGACCAAGGCCUCGUUAGUCCUGCUGCAGCUAGGGUUUAGGGUUUAG